AAAAAGUUUUAAUAAACCAGAGAAAAAAAAGAACCCUCCUAUCGAGUUCUGUGAGAUCUGCUUCAAAAGAAAAAAAAACUGGUGGAGAAGAAGAGGUGAAUCGAGUUAUAAGCUUACGUGGUGAUGUAAAAUAUUUAUAUAUUGAGCAUUUUAUACAUCUUCUUCUUACUUGUGUUUGGUUUCUUUUGGGCCAAAGUAUUGUUUUGGGUAAAAAAUGAGGAUUCGGAAGAACACGAAACUGUCAUCGGUUCUUUUAUCGACAGCAGGUUGCGGCGGAGAGAGACCGGACACGUAUGUGUGUCACUUAAACCAGUCUCCAUGGGAUGUGAUUCCUGUUUCUUCCUCCGGCGAUUGCGAGUUAACUAACCUAGUCGACUCGUCGUGGUUCCUCCCUUUAUCGUCUUCGUCUUCUUCUUCUUCUCCGCCUCUCAUUCACAAGUUCAUUGGAGAAGAAGAUAGCUUCAAUGGGAAUGUGAGUUUGGGAGAUUGUAAUGACACUGCUCAAAGGUUUAAUAGCUCCGUGAGUAGUAAUCAAAGUCUAGUCUCCGUAGAGAAGCUUAAUCUCAAUGCGGCGGAGGAGGAUAAGUACGCUAUAUCGCCGGAAGUUGAAGACCCAAUGGAUCAGAGCGAUGACUAUGACAAGAAAUCCGAAGCUCUUGAGCCUAAUUCGCCGGUCAAAACUUCCGGUGAUGAUGAAAAAGUGGUUGUAACAAUUCCGACGGCGCCUAAACGUGGACGGCCACGUGGUUCGGGAAAGAAAGUUUCCGCUCCGGCAUUGAAGAAUCCGUACGAGUUUUACUAUUACUCUGGUUUCGGGCCACGGUGGGGGAGAAAAAGAGGCGGCUCCGACGACGAGAAGAUGGUUAUAAACGAUAGUAAAAAGAGUAGAAGUAGCGCUAGUAGCAGUAGUGACGAAGACGGUCAUAAAACGGCGGCGUUUGGAGGUGGGAGUGUGAGUUUCGACGAGUUUGAUUUUGUGGAUGAGGAUUAUGACGUAAUGGAACAAGAUCAAGGAAGUGAUCAUGGGAGGAAGAAAAAGAAUGAGAAGAUGAUAAUGAUGAAGAAGACGAUGAAGAAAGGAAGGAAGCCCGUAAAGGAAAGGUCUUUGAAAUCCCUCAUGUGAAAUAUUUUAUGGCUUUUAAGGGUAUUUCCGUCUUUUUCUACUUGUUGUUAUUGUCUGGUUUUGUUGGUACGGGGGUUUGGUCUGUUUGUUUAGUUUGGGAACAUUUGUAGGAAGAUUUUCUACAUCUCUGUUGUAUUUGUUAGAUGACUGUUUUAGUUGUUCUUUAAAUUGUUUUUUUCAUAGACUCUGAUGUUGUCUACACAGAUUUAAAGAGUCUUGAACAAUUUUCAAAUCACCAUCGGUUAAACCUAAUUGUAUACAUGUUUC